GAACCCAGCAGGUUGCAUCGAGUCACUGAGUAGAAACUGCAUUUAUUGGGAGGUGUUUCAUGUUUGCAGCUGCAGAGAUGCUUUGACUUGGGUUGUGCUAGAAAGUCAUGGUCUACCAAAAACUGAUGCCAGUCUAAAAAUCAUUCAGCUGGAUUCUGCAACCAUGCAAGUAAAACAAACCCCAGUGUUAAUUCAUGUUAGCAAAAACUAACACAACAUGAUGUCAUGUCAUAGAGAGUUUACAUGUAUGUGUAGGCUAUUGCAGAACUUACAUGAGUAUGGCUGUAGCAUGCAGGUGACCAGUUUUUCCCAGAAAACCAACAGAUUUGUUGCUAUGGCUAAUAUUUAAAUAUUAUUGUUUUUUUUGUUCAACUCCAAACACAAAACAGGGAAAACUUGACGAGCUGCUGCUAGAGUCCUUGACAGGAAACGUUUUAUAGCAGACUUUAUGGCACAAAACCAGGGAGGGGAUAGAGAACAGCACAGCUACACUACAACAAUAACAUUACAUUUCAAAAGAUCAUUUAGAUUUUAUUUUUCUAGACAUUUUCCCACCAAUCUCUGCUAGACACAUGAAUAAACAAACAGCCCACAAAGCACUGAGGGAUUCAGCUGCUUUUACUUAGAAAAGUUACACUAUAAAGGUAAAACAAGACCUUGUCAUCAGUCUUCACGGACACGCCACAUUUAUGCUUGGUACACACCUGAGCUUGAUGAGUCCCAUCACUUUGUAAGACAUAUUAGUUCAUCUCUUGUAAAAGCAUCCUCCUCUUUAACCAGACACCUGGUUUCCUCUGCUGCUCACCUGCUCCUGAGCUGUUAAGCCCAGAGUAACAGGAGACGUUAAGGGAAACCAGUGAUGCAAGGAAAGUGUGGUCAGAAAUGAAAAGCGACAUUUUCUCUGACUUAAGCAGCCAUAGAGUAAAACCCCUCCCUCUUCAGUCAGAGGCACGAGUCAGUGAGAACGGACGUAAACUGUUGGAUUAAAUAGAAAUGGAGACGCUGAGCCGACUCACUGCUCCUGCUGCAGCAAAGAUCAGGCAGCUUCAGAAGAUCGUUCAAGACAUCAAGAGAAACGAUGGCAGCCUACUGGACAGACUCAGAAGGCUGAAGAGCAAAGCUCGUCCCGCCGUGCCUGUGAGAGACUACAGAGGCACUAACAGUGGGUCUAAGUUCAUACGAAUGACAACAGAGAAAAUGAUCAGUCAUCAGAACCAGAUUAUGACAACGAGACGUAUGAAGACCCACACGGAGAUGACAACUACGAGCCUCCUCCGAGUCACAGAGAGUUCACCUCACCUCCUGUGCCUUCCCUCGGUAGGGGGGAGUACCUGGACAAAGGUCGAGAACAUCCCAUUCGGCCGCCCAAAAAGCCGUUUCGUCCAGGAAAAGCCUCCAAACAGCUUCCCCCUGAACCCAUCCAUCUGGGACAUCAUAAC